AUGGUCUUGAGCACUCUCGGCGUAGCUGCCGACGUGACACCUUCGGUCAUUGAAACCUUCUUCUCACAUGCAAGACACCGGAACAUCUCACGCGACACGGCAUGCAAACCUACCGCCCAUGUUUCAUAUCACGAAGGCCUGCGCCUGAUUCGCCAAUUUCUCAACUACGCUUCUCAACACACCGUCGAAGACAUCCAAGCCUUCACUGGUCAAUGGGUUCCCUCCCCUACAUGGGUCAAGCUUGACGAAGUUCCCAUCUCAGAUGCCCAUUUACAACGCUCCGCAGAGCUUGUCAAAGCACAGCUUGGUCCCGCAGGCCUGCAAAGAGUCGGAGGUCAAGAGUGGUGGCAAUGGCGGCGGCCUGACAUCGCCCUGAAGGGCGAAUGGAUCGAGAUGCGCCAGGACUAUAACGACCGAGUGGCUGCCAACAACAAGGGUGACCGCAUCAUUCUCUACAUCCACGGUGGUGCCUACUACUUUGGCUCUGUAGAUGAGCAUCGCUACCAGAUGCAGCGUCAUGCGCGAAAACUCAAAGCCCGUCUGUUCGCUCCGAGAUAUCGCCUCGCUCCUCAGUUCCCUUUCCCUUGUGGUCUACACGACUGUAUCGCUGCCUACCUCCAUGUCAUUGAGCAAUAUGAUCCCUCGACUGUCCUGCUAGGUGGAGAUUCGGCUGGUGGUGGCAUGGUCAUCAAUAUGCUCGUUACCCUCCGCGACCAAGGCAUCCCCCUUCCUGCAGGAGCCCUUCUUCUGUCACCAUGGGUUGACCUCACCCACUCGUUCCCUAGUGUAGCCGGUGAAGGCACCUUUGACUACAUUCCCGCCAACGGUUUCCACCACAGGCCUUCAAUGGCGUGGCCACCCCCGAACGCCAACGAUCUGAGGGAGCUCAAGUCUCCAGAAGCCGACCAACCCCGCAAGUCAAAGGAGGAAAAGAAGAAGCUAGAAAGGGAGGCCACCAUGGGCUUUUCCGUCCACGACGUACCCGAGCAUGAGAAGCAUGAUCAAGCCACCCGCCCACGUGCUAAAAGCAUCCCUGGUGGCGAGCAUCUAUCGAUCGAGCUGGAUGGCAAGCUGAUUGAGCUGACUGACCAAAUUCAGAUGUACACCACUAAUGACAUGCUCGCCCAUCCUAUGGUCUCACCUGUGAUGCAGCCAUCUCUUGGUGGUCUGCCCCCACUUCUCAUUCAAACAGGAGGCGGUGAGCUUUUACGUGAUGAACAGAUCUACAUUGCCCACAAGGCCGCCAACCCUGCUGCAUAUCUUCCCAGCAAGAAGGUCAUGGACGAGUUUGACCCGAAAAGGGAACUGGUAGACAAAUAUCCACCAACACAUGUGGUCUUGCAGGUCUGGGAUGACCUUUGCCAUGUUCCGCAUACUCUCAGUUUCACCCGACCAGCCAAAUACAUGUAUCGUAGUGUGGCGCAGUUUGGUGCUUGGGCUCUGGCUCGUGCUCAAGACCAAGCUAUCACCAUUCUUGAUGACGACAACAUCAGUGUCAUCAGUGAUCAUUCGAGCCAUGAAAGCGAAUCCGAUGUUGAUCGCGGUAGAACCGUCGACAAGAAAUUUCCUGAUGCUUUGGGUACGCCGAUUCGUGCUCAUACAGUCACCACAGCUUCUGGGUCUGUUGGCAAAGCUGGAGACCCCUUGCCUCCGUUCCAAAACCAUAUGAUCCGUCAAAGAGUCGACAGGCAUGGCGUCACAUAUCCACUUGCUGCAGUAUCGGACCUGAAAUGUCUCCAGCUCGAUCCCGACACCAUUGGCAUGAUCAAGCCUGGCCCUGUCCGAAAAUGGAUUGCAAAGAAGUCUGACUGGGACGUCAAGUAUGGCAAGGAUAAGCGUGCGGUACAAAAGCAACGUAUCAAGGAGAUGGCUGAAGGGUAUGAUACUUUUGGGGCUGGAGAAAGACCGCCACCUACUGCUUUGGCUGGCCGCCGUAAGAAGGAUAUGCCAAGUCAGAAGGCACGCAAGGGCAAGUCAUGGGGUCUUGCAAUGUGGUCAGGCUGGGGCUCCAAGCACGAUGAGGACACUCUUGACCGUGAACACAAGGUCACUCGCGCCUCACAAACA